AUGGCCUGCUGUCAGACCAGCUUCUGUGGAUUUCCCAGCUGCUCCACCAGUGGGACCUGUGGCUCCAGCUGCUGCCAGCCAAGCUGCUGUGAGACCAGCUCCUGCCAGCCACGCUGCUGUGAGACCAGCUGCUGCCAGCCAAGCUGCUGCCAGACCAGCUUCUGUGGGUUUCCCAGCUUCUCAACCAGUGGGACUUGUGGCUCCAGCUGCUGCCAGCCAAGCUGCUGUGAAACUAGCUGCUGCCAGCCAAGCUGCUGUGAGACCAGCUGCUGCCAGCCAAGCUGCUGCCAGACCAGCUCCUGCGGAACCAGCUAUGGCAUUGGUGGUGGCAUCGGCUAUGGCCAGGAAGGCAGCAGUGGAGCUGUGAGCACCCGUAUCAGGUGGUGCCGCCCAGACUGCCGCGUGGAGGGCACCUACCUGCCCCCCUGCUGUGUGGUGAGCUGCACACCCCCAUCCUGCUGCCAGCUGCACCACGCCGAGGCCUCCUGCUGCCGCCCGUCCUACUGUGGACAGUCCUGCUGCCGCCCAGUCUGCUGCUGCUACUCCUGUGAGCCCACUUGUUGA